AUGAACUUUGAACAAUUAAUAGAUGAGCUCAAUGUGGCAUUAAAUGUUAAAGAAAUUGCUCUACCCCAGGUUAACUCGUUGCUCGAAUCAUACAAAAGUAUUGGAGAUUGGCAGAGAUAUGCUCAUUUCGAUAAGAACGGAUACACCAGAAAUCUGGUAAGCACUGGAAAUGGUGCAUACAAUAUUAUUAUUCUGUGUUGGGGACCAGGAAUGGCUAGCAACAUUCAUGAUCAUUCAAGUGCUGAUUGCUUUGUUAAAGUAUUACAUGGACAGCUUGCUGAAACACAAUUCAGCUUUCCAUCCGCUGAUAAUGAUAAGCCAUUGACUGCACUUGGACAAUCAAUUUAUGAACGCGAUGAAGUAUCUUAUAUGAAUGAUGACUUAGGAUUGCAUCGUAUGGAAAAUCCAAGCCAUUCAGAAGCAGCUGUAUCUCUACACAUCUAUACUCCCCCAUAUGAGUAUUGCAAUAUUUAUGAUGAAAGAACAGGAAGAAAAACUCGCAGCUACAUGAAAUUUCACAGCAAAUUUGGUAAAGUUGUUGAAUCGCUUGCCGCUGCAGCUGCUCCAUCACCAUCAACACCAACUAUCGUCAACAAUUAA